UUUCAAAAUAUUUCUAAUAAAAAGUUUGCAAUUAAAUUUUAAAAAGUAUACUGUUAUUUUUGAGUCUGCUGUUGUUGUUUUGGUUCUCGUUUUGGUGAAGCGAAAAAGUUAAAAGGCACGAUUUGUUUACACUAUUAAGAGAUUGCUUCUAUUGGUAAAGUCUCACUAAUUUUUAGGAACAUUUUACAUUGAACUAAUCUAUUAUAAAAUUACUUUGGUAACAAGAAACUUCAUGGCUAAAGUCGAUUCAACUGAAGAUGAAAUUUUGAAAGCGAGCUCUGUAAUUAAAGAUGAAAUAAAAGAAGAGUGUGAAGAUAAUAUCAUAAAGCGGCAAGACAAAAGAUACACUAAAGUUGAAUAUACAAACUCCAAUAAUACUCAAAAAGAAAAUGAAGAUUUUGAAAAAAUGCUUCGAUGGAGGAAGGGUAUUGGACAUUUACAAGGGAGCAGUCUAAAGUUUAGAAAGUCUGCAAAAGGCGUUCUAGAAGUCAUUACUCCUGAUUCUGAUGAUGAUGAUGAUGUUGAUAUUGAAGAUGACCUCGACCCAGGAGAGAAAAAGUCAAGAAAAAGAAAGUCCAUUAUGAAAAAUAUAGAUGCUCAAAUAGAAAACAUUGAACCACCACAUGAUGGUGUAAAGAAAAAAUCAAAGAAAAAAAGUAUUGACGAUGAGUCUGUUUUAAAAUGUGAAACAUGUGGUUCUUUUGGAUUAAUUACAGAAUUUCGAUCUUCUGGUCGGUUUUGUAGCCAAAGAUGUGUUGGUGCUUAUGCUAGCCGAAAGCGUGCAGAAAUGAUUGCAGAGCAAUUUGCCAAAGGUGAGCGCCAAAUUCCCAAAACAGGUAGAAAGUCUGGUAAAAAAACUAGCAAGCACCAGCUAAGUGGUUUUGAUAGAAAGUUAUCUUUUAUUGAAACAAAAGAAAAUAAAGAAAAUGUUGAAAAAGAUGAUUCAUACAUAUAUUAUUCUACUGUUGGAUUUAGAAAACCAUUUUGUUGGAGUGAAUACCUGGAAAUUACUAACACAAAGGCAGUUUCACUGAACACUUUUUUAAAGGAAUAUGCAGAACAAGAUUGCUUUCCUAAAAAUGAGUUUCGUCAGACAAUGAAGUUAGAAUGUGUUGAUCCAAAACAUCAAUCAAUUAUUUGUGUUGUAUCAAUUGUGGAAAUACAAGGUGCAAGAAUGCGCUUGCAUUUUGAUGGUUGGUCAGAGUGUUAUGAUUUUUGGAUAAAUUCUGAUUCAUAUUUUUUACAUCCUUGUGGUUGGUGUCAGAAAAAUGGUCAAAAGUUAACACCUCCAAGAGGUAUGGACUCAGAAACAUUUUGUUGGAAAGAUUAUCUUUUGUUAACGGGAUCUGAAGCUGCUCCAGAAAGUUGUUUUAGAAAGUUGCCUUCUCCUACUCAUGGUUUUCAGAUAAAUAUGAAACUAGAGGCAAUCGAUAGAAAAAAUCCUGAUCUUGUUUGUGUAGCUUCAGUAAACAAUGUUAUUGCAGAACAUUUUUUGGUUCAUUUUGAUGAAUGGGAUGACUCAUAUGAUUAUUGGUGUAGAGAUGAUAGUCCAUAUAUUCACUCAGUUGGUUGGUGUGAAAAAAAUGGAGUAACACUAAUUCCUCCUACUGAUGAAAUGAUUAAUAAAUUUAAAUGGGAUGACUACUUAGAACAGACAAAAACAAUUGCAGCUCCAUCGGAAUUAUUUAAACUACGAAAAGAACCAGUUUUUGAAGUUGGCCAAAAACUUGAAGUUGUUGAUCCUAGAAACCCUACAUUAAUUCGCGUGGCAACAGUUUCAGAGUGUGAAGAAUAUCGUAUUAAAAUACAUUUUGAUGGCUGGAGUUCUAUUUAUGAUUACUGGUUUGAUACAGAUUCUGCAGACCUGCAUCCAAUUAACUGGUGUAAAAAUACUGGCCAUAUUCUUGAGCCACCUAGAUCUGGUUAUGAAUCUGAUAUACUUUGUAAAACUAUUGGUUGCAGAGGAAUUGGACACAUAAAAGGUGCCAAAUACACUACACAUCACACCAGUUUUGGCUGUCCUUACACAAUUCAAAAUUUAAACAAAUCUGCAUCACCAGUUAUUGAUAGACUUGCACCCAAUGCAAGCAUUGAAGAGAGUUCAAUAUUAAAUCGAAUACACAGUAAAAAAUUAGAUUCUUUACCCGAUUCAACAACAAGUUCUCACAAACACCCAAUCUCUCGUCCGGUUGGUCGUCCAAAUAAAGUCUCCCCUACUACUUCAAAGAUAACUAAGUCUAAGACAUUUAAAAGCAAGAAAAGAAGGGGAAGUGACGAAGUAUCAUCUUCUACGCCUUGUUUAAAUGAUACUCCUUUAAGUCAGGCGUCCUCUCUAAGUAAAACACCUACUUUUAAUCAAACCUCUGAUAUUAAUCAUACGCAUGAUACAAGUUAUAGUAGUACGUUCUCCAUAAAGCCUCAUACUAAACCUAUUUCAUCAACGCACAUUCCUGCUGGUCACCCUCACAUUUUAACUAAUCAGUGUAGAAGUUCUGCUUUAACAUGGAGCCAAGAAGACGUUGCCCAUUUUCUAAAUAAAUUAGGAUUUCAAGAUCUUGUAAAGCCUUUCAAAGAAAAUGAAAUCGAUGGUCAAGCGUUGUUACUAUUAAGUCAAGCAGAUAUGGUACGUCAUUUAAAGUUAAAGUUAGGUCCUGCUUUGAAAAUUUAUAGCGAGAUAUCCAAACUUUAAUAUACGAUUCAAAUAGCAAAAAUAUUUAAAGUAUUCACGUUGACAUUUAUGCCGAGAAUAUUAUAUAGUUUUAAUACAGAAAUUUAUUUUUUAAUUUAUAAAAUAUUUAUAUUCUUCGAAUUGUGUUCGAAUUAUGUUUUGUACAGAUUUUAAUAUAACCUUUUCUUUUUCUUGGAA